AUGUCCUUUCGCAAGCGUAAUAUCGGACUCUCGAACAACACAGAGUCCACUAGCAAACCUUCACCGUCGACGCCCAAAGUCCAAGUCCCCGGCGUCAGACCGUCCGCAAUAGAUGGCAGGCCGGUGACAUCGACUGGCACGGCAUCGUUGGAUGCUCUGCUUGCUGGACAUGGGGGCCUGGCACUUGGUUGCUCAUUCUUGAUUGAAGAGAACGGAGCAACAGACUAUGCAGGUGCUUUGUUGAAGUUCUAUGCCGCGGAAGGUGUUCUCCAGGGUCACCAUGUCCACGUCCUGGGCUUGCCUGAGUCGUGGGGACGAGAUCUGCCAGGUACAGCUCGAGAAUCGUCAAGGGUCAAGGACUCAGGUACGAGUGGAGAGAAGAUGAAGAUUGCUUGGCGAUAUGAGAGUCUUGGGCAAUUUGGCGCCGGCUCCACUGGGUCAAGAGGACCUCCUCCUAGACAGCCACCUCUGGGCUCAGAAGCAAGUCAGCCUCCGACAGAGAGGCUGUACAACCACACUUUCGACCUAACGAAACGUCUAGCCCAUCCGUCAGAAACAUCUCUGACGUUUCAUCCGUUCUCACAAACGCCUACGCCGUCUCACUCGCCCUUUCUUGCCAUCAUCAACGGUCUCAAGGACUCGAUAAAUGCCAACAACAGCAUACCACACCGUCUGAUCGUUCCCUCCCUCCUUUCACCACUCCUCUACCCACCCAACGCCUCCCAGCCUCAGCACCUCCUUUCCUUUCUACACAGCCUUCGCGCCCUUCUAGCCCUCAACGCCUCAACGAAAGUCCUCACAAUCAUCACUAGCAUUCCUCUACCACUCUCUCCACGAAAUACAGGCCUCACACGCUGGAUCGAGCUCCUUCACGACGGCGUGAUCGAGCUCUCACCCUUCCCACACUCGACUGAUACGCUCUUUGCCGCGUCAUCACAGGCCAGUAAAGCGGCGGCUGCUGCAGGCGAUGAGCCGCCGCAAGGACUGUUGAAGAUCCACAAGUUGCCGGUGUUCACAGAUCGGGCGAGCGGAGUGAGAAGCGAGGACGGAGGGGACGAUUGGGCGUUCACGUUGAGCAGAAGAAAGUUUGCGAUUCAGGCUUGGAGGCUGGGGCCUGUGGACGGAGACCCAGGCGAAGAGGCAGAGCCGGGAGGCACACACAGCCAUGGAGACGAGCCUCGGGAAGGGAAGCGAAAGAAAGGGAAGAAAGCGGAGGGGAUGGACUUCUGA